AUGCUGCCGUUGCUCGCCCCAGGCACCAUCCAGGACCUCUUCGCCGUCGACGCCGAUGCCUUGCCCGAGCUCAGAGAAGACCAGUUUGCCGACCUCGGGGCCGCCUGGUGCCGUCCAGGCACUCCCGGUGCUUUCCAGGAGUGGCCACCCCCUGAUUCGUUCCACUACAACAUCGGCCUCGCCCACAAGCUUGGCGCCGAUGCCCUCGAGAUGGUGGGGUGGAACGCUGGCCGGCCGUUAUACCGGUAUGUGCCUAAGAAACGACGCAACCGCAAAGGGUGGCCGCGCAUCUAUAAUAGCCGCAGUCGCCGCAACCCGGGAGGAGUACUGAAACCGGCGAUCGAGGCGACCCCAGCGGAGUGGGACGACCUUCUCCUCGCCGAUAUCAACCCGGGAUACCCUGACAAUUACCAGUUGACCAGCUACGACGGCAACUUCAGCUUCCACAGCGACAGCGGCUCGACGGGAGGCUCGCCCCACGCCGACGCUUACUCCACCACCAACACCCUGUAUCUUGACACCACCGACUACGGCGACGACUUUACCCUGGAGGUAGAGGCUCCCACGGGCUUUCAGGUGGCGCUGGCACUGCUGCGCCCGGAGUUGCGCCGGAUGCGGGUGGCAGCCACCGACAAGCGGUGUCGCCGGUGCCCCCACGUCUCCGUCACCUACGCCGACUUUAUCGCCCACACCCGCAUCCACAAGCUGGCGCCCCGCCACGAGAAGUGCUGCGUGCCGUCGUGCCCAAUGCUGGAAAUUGGCUUCACCCGCUUGCUGGACUUGCGGUGGCACUACUACGACUGCCACUUUGAGAAGGGCCAGGUCGCCGCCGACUGUGCCGCCCAAGCGCCGGAGAUCGAGAGUAAAAUGUACUGCUGCCCCGAGCUCGGGUGCAGCCGCUUUUUCUACCGCCGCGACUCAUUGAUCAGACACAUCCGCAAGGUCCACCAGUUGGACGACGCCGAGACGCUCCGCCUCAUGCAAAAGACUUACCCUUACCAGCACAAACUGUGUACCACUUGUAAACACUAG